AUGGCUGAACAGCAAGCCCUCGCUCAGAAAUUUAUGGCUAAGCAGCAAGCCCAAGCCGCAACAAUGAGAAAUUUGGAGCGCCAAAUGGGACAGCUUGCCAGUGCUCAAAACAUUAGACCAGUUGGAGCUCUUCCAAGUGACACUGAAGCUAAUCCUAAGGCAUCCCUUAAUGUCGUGUCAUUGAGGAAUGGGAGACAAUUAGAAGAAGUUCAAUCAAAAAAGAGGAAACAGGUGACUUUUAAUGAGAGGCCAGCCACUAUAGAAUCAACAUCAGAAAAAUCUAAGGAGUCCGAGAAGCCAGCUGGAGAGGCGGUGGCUGAGCAACCCCCACCAGUGGUUGCAAGGCCACCACCUCUGUUCCCUCAAAGGUUGCAUAAAGUAAAGGAUAACGCCGCAUAUAAAAAGUUUCUUGAUAUUUUGAAGCUGGUGCAAAUUAAUAUUCCAUUGGUUGACAUCUUACAAGAAGUGCCCAAAUAUGCAAAGUACAUCAAGGACAUACUGGCAAAUAAAAGGAGGCUGACCAAGUUCGAAACUGUGGCACUCACUGAGGAGUGUAGUUCAAGAAUUCAAGGCAAGUUACCUCAGAAAUUGAAGGAUCCGGGUAGUUUCACUAUCCAAAUCUCGAUUGGCAAACAUGCAGUUGGGCGAGCUUUACGUGACCUUGGAGUGAGUAUCAAUUUGAUGCCGCUAUCUGUGUUCAGACAGUUGGGGUUGGGUGAGCCACACCGAACAACAGUUAUCUUACAGUUGGUUGAUCGCUCCCUUGCUCAUCCUGAAGGAGUGAUUGAAGAUGUGUUAGUUCAAGUGGGUUCUAUCAUAUUCCCUGCUGAUUUCAUUAUCUUGGAUUACGAGCCUGAUCAGGAGGUCCCAUUUAUUUUAGGGCGUCCAUUUUUAGCCACGGGCCGAGCUAUUAUCGAUGUCUGCAAAAGAAAGAUGACAAAGAUCCUUAGCCAAAGCCAUAAGCCUAGCAAGAAUACAAGAACAAACUUUAGAAGUCCAAAAACAAAUUUUCCUCUCAACACCUAUUUUGCCAAAUCCCAGAAAUAA